AUGAGCAGUACCGGUGCCCAGCUUACUACCCUGGAGGCCUUCCUCCAGGGCUACCCCACCAUCGAAUACAUUCCACCUUCCUCUUCCGAGUACCCUGCAGCUCGUAAGCCAUGGAACGAGGCUCGUCUGGACAACCCACUGGCUGUGGUAAAGCCGCGAUCGCCGGCGGACGUCGCCGCUAUAGUCAAACAUGCGAAACUCAACUCGCUUCCUUUCACUAUUCGAUCGGGUGGUCAUAACCUGGAAGGUCGUUGCGUUGCUCAAGAUGCCCUGCUCAUUGACCUGCGUGCGUUGACUGCUGUCACCAUCGCGCCCGAUCGCAAAACUGCCACGGUCCAAGGUGGCAUUCUCCAGGGUGAGCUUGCUAGUAAGCUGUGGGAACAUGGCUUAGCUACCCCAACAGGAGCAGUUCCAACCGUAGGUUAUGUUGGUUGGGCUAUGUAUGGUGGUUAUGGGCCCUUCUCGCCACACUGGGGUCUGGGAGUAGAUCAAAUUGUUGGCGCUACUAUUGUUGACCCCAAUGGUGACAUCGUCAAAGCCGAUGAAGCUCUUCUCGAGGGUAUUCGUGGUGCCGGCGGCCUUUUUGGUGUUAUCAUCGAUCUUACGGUCAAGGUCUAUCCCCUCACUAGUCUUCUGGCCGGGCCGAUCAUCUUUAACCCCACUGAUAUCACCAAAACAUACGUCGACUUUAACGCAGCCUACGAGAAGCUCCUCAACUCUGAGGGUCUCCCCCGCAGCUCAGCUGGCGCGAACAUCGAGGAGGGAAAGCGAUGGAGCGAAAAGAUUGCCAGUCUUGCCCCCCUGAUGGUGAACAUGGUCGGCUCCACCACGAUCCCGGACUGGUUCAUCGCCAACGGCGCCCUGAUUCCCCCAAAAAUCGCCGGCAACGGCUUCUCACACAACGUCCGCCGCAUCCCUCCCUCCGUGGCCGAGGCAAUUGGACGCAACCUUGCCAUUAUGCCGGCAGAUCGUGGUGCCAUGGUAUCCAUCCAUCAACUCCGUGGGCCAUCUGCAGGACCUCAAGAUCACCCAUCUGUGUUUGCAACCCGUGAGCCGCAUUACAUGCUAGAGCUCCUGGGAUUUUCGACCAGUGGCGAUGAAGACGUGUCAAGGCAGUGGGCAAUUCAAACUACCGAUGAAAUCCAGCAGGCCGACCCGGAUAAUGUGCUUCCCACCGCGUACAUUUCUGUGUAUAAUUCUGCAAUUCAGGCCAAGUCGACGAGUGAGGCGCUUGAGAAGACCUAUGGCCCUAAGGCACAAGUGUUGAAGGAUCUCAAGGCGUCUUUUGACCCAGAUAGUGUCUUUUCCUUGACAGUGCCGGCUUUGAAAUAA